CGGCGCUUCGCGGCCGCCGCUUCGCCCCUCCGCUGUCCAUUAGCCCUAGUGCGAGGGCGCUUCCAGAUCCCUCCUUUUGACUGCGAAUCUUGCAAGGCUGAUAGAGGAAACUGCCUUUUUAGGCAAAAUUAGUAGAGUACUAUUGUAAUUCUUUGUAUAGGAGGAGCUAACUCAAAAGUGGUUGCAUAAAUGUUAGAUCAGAGAAAUUGAAUAUUUCAUUAAUUUAGGUUUCAGUGUCUAAACUAGUAGUUGUGGUAUGCACACAAGCAAGUGACUUUUCAAAGUCAGUAUAGACUGCUUUACGAAUCCCUUUCAUUUUGCAGUCUGGUUAACUCUAGUUGCACUAGGAGCUGAUGUAUAACACCAACUGUUGGAGUGCACUGGAUGAUCAUAUCUAAACAAUGUCUGUACCACGUGGAGCUGUCCAUGCAAAAUGGAUAGUGGGGAAAGUAAUAGGAACCAAAAUGCAGAAGACUGCCAAAGUGAGAGUGACAAGGCUUGUGCUAGAUCCUUACUUAUUAAAGUUCUUUAACAAGCGAAAAACGUAUUUUGCCCAUGAUCCAUUGCAGCAGUGUGUUGUUGGAGACAUUGUUCUUCUAAAAGCUUUGCCUGAGCGGAGGAGCAAGCAUGUAAAACACGAACUGGCUGAAAUUGUUUUCAAGGUUGGAAAUGUCAUAGAUCCAAUAACGGGAAAGCCCUGUGCAGGAACCAGGUUCCUUGAAAAUCUGUCAGAUUCAGAAAAUCUGACAGAGGCAGAUACUACCUAUUUAAGUGAAAAACUACAGGAACUUAAAGUUCGUUCAACAGACAAAUAGAAAGAAAACAUUUAUGUGGGGGGCUUUUCAGCUGAUCUGUGAGUGGUGUCUGGGGCCCUGUUGUCAUAUGUAAAAUGUUUCAAUGAUCUUUGGAGUCACAAUAAAUAGUAAACAUAGUUGCUUCCAAAA